UUUGUGUCCGUGCUGCCCCAUCCGGCAGCGGAAUUCGACAGUAAUGAAUUAGUGAUCUCGGUGAUCUCGAUGAUGCGGACAUGACGAGGCACCAGACUAUCUUCCCAUCAACAGUCAUCCAUCCAUCUACAAGGCGCUGAGCCCUCGAUCCCGUGCCGCCCCCUCGACGCAGAAACAGCAGUGCCAAGCGCAGACGCGCUUUUAAUAGGGUGUCCCAAGCCUAUCAUUCUUCCCGUGACGGGGCACCCGACCAGAUCUUUGUCUGGCACUCUGGGCUGCCGCCGGUAACCUGCCCACCCGCGCUCGCUGCUGUUCCCCUCGACGGCCCAGCGGCUGGUCAUGCGUGUGAUAGGCCAACAGCUGGAGUGGCUCGGCCGCAGGGGAAUAGCCUCGCACGGGCUCUGCUGACCUCGGGUCAUGGUGGGUUUGUCACUUGGGCACCGCAGUUGUGCGGUAUGUACUUUCUUCGUUCAGCUUUUCUUGAGCUCGAGGGAAGGAAAACCGUCUCAGCGAGAAUGCUUCCUCGAGCAGACUCAACUACAGCUUGAUCCCGCCCGAUUUCGACCUCCAACGCGAUCUCAAGCUGUGCUUGUCCGGCGCCAAACCAAGCGUACAUGGGUGGAUGUCCACCUUUCUCCACGUCAACCCACUCCGCUCUGGACCGCCGGCCCGCGUCUACCCGCACACAAUGCGAUGCUAAUUUUCUCUCGCCGCCGUAUAUAACGCCUGUUGAACAGUCCUUGCUCCCCAGUUCUCUGCCCGGACGACAAAUAGCCAACGAUGCGCACUUCCUUCUUCCUGAUCGCUGUCCAGCUUUUGGCGGUUUCAGCUACUGUCGUGAAACGGGCAACUGUUAAUGACGUAGCGACCGUCGGCUACGCCACCCUCAAUGGAGGGACGACUGGCGGCUCGGGCGGCCCCACGACGACUGUGACCACGCUCGACGCCCUGACCACGGCCCUGACCGGCAGCGCGAAGAAGAUCGUCCUGAUCUCCGGGACCAUCACGGGGAACGUCGCUCUUCGGGUCGGCUCCAACACGACCGUCAUCGGCAAGACGGGAUCAGCCUUGGUUGGCGUCGGUCUGCGAGUCUUCAGAGAGCAAAAUGUCAUCAUCCGCAACGUGAAGAUCUCGAAGGUGCUCGCCAAAGCGGGCGACGCGAUCGGCGUGCAAGAGGCACACCAGGUCUGGAUUGACCAUGUCGAUCUCUCGUCUGACUUGGACCACAGCAAGGACUUUUACGAUGGACUCUGCGAUCUGACACACGGGGUCACCGGGAUCACAGUCACCAACAGCUUCUUGCACGAGCACUUCAAGGCUUCGCUUAUCGGCCAUUCGGACAACAACGGGGCUGAAGAUACAGCGAUCACCGUCACCAUGGGAAACAACUAUUGGCGCAACCUCAACUCGCGCACUCCGUCUCUGCGCUUUGGACAUGGUCACGUGUUCAACAACGUCUUCGACAGCAACAUUCUGACCAACAUCAACACCCGCGAGGGUGCGUGCCGCUGGGAUAACUGGAAAACACGAAAACAUCUGAUAACAUCUGAUUCAGGUGCCCAAAUGCUCAUUCAAAACAAUGUCUUCAUCAACACGAGUCUUGCGAUUGAGAGCACCGAUACUGGUUUUGCCGUCGCGACCGGAAACGACUUUGGUGGGGCUACCAACACCGCCCCCGUCGGAACCUUCACCAGCCCACCCUACUCCUUUACUUUGCUCGACACCGCGAGCGUCAAGGCCGCAGUUGUGGGAACCGCUGGGCAGACACUGUCCUUCUGAACGAGAUCUUGACAACCCGAAUGUACCAAUGCAAUGUACUCCCACAAGAAUGCAUAUCACAACUUUUUCGUCGUGUGCUUUUGACAAUACUUCAUAUUGACGCUGGGAUGUGGAUUGAGGCAUCCGGACCGGGGUUCAAAA